AUGGAUUUCAAAAAAUCAUUUAAUGAUUCUUUAGAGAAAAUGCAUAGAUAGACAUAAUAAUAUACAUUUCUAAUUAAAAAAAAACAAUAAAAAUUAUUGGAAUAAGAAUAAUAAUUAAAUUACUUUGUAGAUAUAUUAUAAUCUGAGUUAUAUUCCAAGGAUGAUAGAAAUCGCCUUAAUUGA